ACACACAGCACACAAACACACAUGCACACUCAUUCUCUCAUGUAGAGAUCAGUGGGAGGUUCACCGUAUAGAUGCUGCGGCUAAAGUCAGACACACUUUAAUAUUCAAACUUUAUUGAGGCAGUUUUCUUCAGCUCUGCUGUCUGAUCCACCACGAUGAAGCUCUUUAUGAUUGUUCCACUGUUUGCGCUGCUCACCAUCACCCAACAGGCACCUUCACUUGAGGAGUGUUUGUGUGAGUUUACUAAUUCAGAGAAAGUUUUCCCUCAUGAUAAACUCAGCUCGGUGGGGGACAACGCAUCAAAAUGCAACAGCAACAUCAACGCACAGAAAACUCUGGAGAUGGAGAGGCUGCUGCAGAGUUUGGAGAAACGUCUACCUCAGCUGCAGGAAGAUGUGUCAGUGCUGGAGAGGGAGGACGAUGGAGAUGUCUAUGCAGUUCUCAGCCUGUACGUGAUCGAGAAUGAGCUGAGGACGAUCAACCAACUUAUCGAAAGGCUCAACAGGACCACCCAGGCACACCUGCAUCUGACCACGAACACGACUCAACAGCUGGAGGACCUGAGAGCAGAGAUGCAGGAGCUGGAAACGUAUGACACCAUGCAUGUGAUGAAGACACAACAAGACAACAAGCGUCUGCAGAAAGACCUGCAACAGUGCAGAGGGGGUCUUUACUCCGCCGCCCAACCCACUCAGCCUCCACAUAGUAAAUGCCCCUAUGGUCAGCUUCUGAAUAUCACGGGGCCGACGCUGACCACACAAGGAGAGUACCCCGGCUCCUACCAAUAUGGAGCCUGGGGUCGGGAUCCCAAACCAGAGACAGGGAAGGGAAAAUGGCAUUGGCUGGUAAUGCUGACCUCGGGUGACAAAUUCUCCAACUAUGUCCGUUUCUACUCCAGCCUGAGCUCUCUCAUUGUUGGGGUUAGUACACCAGGUAAUGUCCAGAUCCAUGCCUCAAACCCGACCACUAACACCAUCCAGGGUCCAAAUGUCGUGAUGUAUGGAGGAGCGUUGUACUACAAUUGUUACAACCAAGCUGCUGUUUGUCGAUUCAACUUCACCGCCAAAACUGUUACCAACUUACAGCUCCCCAAAGGCACCAGGUUUAACUCAAACAGUAACUUCUGUCAUCUUGAGGCAUGCUACCCAUUCACUGACCUGGACCUGGCCACGGAUGAGUCGGGCGUCUGGGUGAUCUAUACCACCACCCAGGACUUUGGCAACCUGGUGUUGUCCAAGGUGGAGGAGGGUGAACCGCCGAGGCUCGGCCAAACCUGGCGCACCUCGAUCUUCAAGAAGGGGGUGACAAACACCUUCAUGGCCUGUGGCGUUCUUUAUGCGACGCGAUACGUCAGCAAAGAUGUGGAGGAGAUCUUUUAUUCAUUUGACACCACAACAGGGGAGGAGAGGUUCAACAUCAACAUCUUCAUCAACAAGGUGUCCCCCAACAUUCACGCCCUGAACUACAGCCCCGUGGACCAGAUGCUACAUGUCUACGGUGACUCCUACAUGGUCUCCUAUAAGGUUGUGUUUGCUGGGGUGGCCCCCAUGCCUAAUGACCAACCCACUGAGGUUCCUGAUCUUGAGAGUGAUUCAUCAGGAGAGAAUGAUCACACCUUCCUUGAUAUUGAAGACCUCUGGGAUUAUUGGACGACUGGCUAGAGCCAUAAAAAUCUUUACUCAAGUAAAAUUACUCCCAUAAAAGUCACUCAAAUAAAAGUAAAAAUCACCAUUUGACAAACCUACUCAGGUGAAAGCAUACAAAUACUUGGUCAAUAAAGUUCUUAAAGCACA